GAGGCCAUGUGCGCGCCCCCCGGCCUGGAGAAGGCGGCCGCGCGCGGGGGCGGCGCCCGGGCGGGGCGCACCAAGGCGUAUUCCUCCUGCAGCACCAGCGCAGCCAGCGUGACGACGGAGGAGCCGCCGCUGGAGGAGUCCGCCGCCGGCGCCGUGGCGGCGGCCUGCCUUCUGUCGGAGGAGGUAGAAGUGCACCAGGAGCAGUGGUCCGCCUACACCGCGACCAUUUCUGGCUUGCCCAACAAGUUGCUGACAGACGCCAUGUUCGAGGCCGUCCUCGAGCAGGCCAGUCUGUCCCACUUGGUCUUGGGCUUCACCCUGCACCCGGGCAAGCCCUGCGGCGAGGCCAGGGUUUCACUGAUCGGCCGGAUGGCCUUGGAACACUGCGCGCAGCACUUCCAGGGCUGCCAGUGGGACCCUUCCGGCACCCCGGUGACGGUCGCCGUAGAGAUCCAGGAGUGCCAGGAGGACGCGGAGCGGGAG